AUGGGGAAAGUCAACAACAACAACAAUGGCAGGAGAUACUCCUCAGAGAUUGGGAUGGGAACAAGGAAAGAGAAGACUGCGGAGGCUGUCUUUGGCUCUAUGAAAAAUGUUAAUGUCCAGCCAACUGUUUUCCUUACAGCAUCAGGGAACACAGCACCUCGCUUCGACAUGAACAGAACCUUCUACUUGCCGGAGGACACACCUAUAGGUGAGUAAAGGGAAGAAUCCUCAUCUGGAAUGCAGGAAGUAAAGGGAAAUGAUAACACUUGUGAGAAUGGUGGAAAGAGAAGUCCUUGGGUUUCCCUUUGCCUUACCUGCUCCUUGGCUUGGAUGGGAAGAUGAGAGAUGGAUCCUUGGAUCCUUUUUACUGGGGAAGCUAUCAGGUAUGGCGCUUGGAAGUAGUCCUGGAUCUACUACUGUCACUAGAGGCACAUGGGGCCUCCAUAGCAAAGAGUGCUUUUUACCAGCUUAGGUUGGUAACCUAGCUGCACCCCUUGGUGGAUAUAGAUAACCUGGCAUCACCAUCACCAAUCUAUGCUCUGCCGCUCUCCCUCUUAGACUGAAGCAAUGUGUUAUAUAUACCCUUAGAAAUGGUCUGGAAAGCCCAGCUAGUACAGAACAUGGUAGUGAGGUUGCUAAUAUAGCCUGACUCAGAGGUGCUGAUUUCAACUAAUAAAAGCAUUACUUUGGGACCUAAGUACCUGAAGGAACACUUCUUCUCAUAUGAAUCUACCUGGGCUUGAAGAUCCUCUAUGGAGGUCUAGGUGUUUGCUGUCUUUUCUUUGCUGGUAGUUUAAGAUGGUUCAUUGGGAUUAUUAUCCUCUGAAUGGGGAUCCUGUGGUUAUUUGGUCUGUCUAGAGUGGGACUUCAUGCUUGGUGUCUGCUUCAUGAUGCUGAUUACAUGAAGCCAGAUGGGUGGGAAAUAAAUAAAUAAAUUAUUAUUAUUAUUAUUAUUAUUAUUAUUACCCAUGGCAUUGUCUGUUUUUGUUUCGAUUGCAAAUUUUCUAGAGGUGUCCUGCGUUAGGUGACACAAAAUUUCAAUAAUAACAAAUAAUUCAAAUAUCCAGGCCAACGAAUAGGAAGGGAAGAGGAGUGAAGGAAGCUAGAAAACAUUCUGUUACUGGUUCUCCUUUGAAAGGUGUGUCUCUACAGGGAUGACGGAUCAGAGAAAAGAGGUGGUUGUUGUAAUGAUGUCAUUCCGACCUGGGUGGUCUAGCAAAUCCUCCUGCCUAACUCUCUCUACUUCUGGUACUCCUUUCUCAUUGCAGAUGCCUUUGUUUUAAGGCUGGUGGCUGUGGAUGAUGAAGGGGAUGUUUUGACCUAUAGCAUAAGCGGCAGCGACGCCCACUACUUCAAUCUUGACAGUAGAUCAGGCAAUGUGACGUUGAAGCAAAGAGUGAAUUAUGAGGUAAGAAUGGGGCCAAGCAAAGGAAGAAAUUCAACAGGGAGAGACAGAGCAAGCAGGGAAAGCCAGUGAAUUUCCCCCCAUCUGAACAUUUUGCAAAUGAGCUCUUGUAAAUGUUGCAUAGGUGUCAGUUGAUGGUUGUUUACUGGAAGAAGGGCAUGAACAUAUAUCACUGGUUCUGGCCUGACCAAACUGGAUGCUGAUUUUGUUUCCACGCACAAUUCGGAGUGCUGGCUUUGACCCCUAAAGCUUCAUAUGGCUGAGGAGGACCACUAUACCUAAAAGACCACCUUUCCCCAUAUGACUCUGUCUUGACAGUGUUUCAACACCAUCCAAAUACUUUUUUUUUUAAUGGGCAUUUGGGCAGCACCAAUGCUAUGAUACUGUAUUGUUAAAUUUGUUUUUUUAUAUGAAUUUAUUUUGUUUGUUCGUUUGUUUGUUGGAAAUUGGGAACUCUUUUAAUGGGAAGUGAUUCAUCAGUUUAAUAAACCUUAAUCUUAACCUUCCUGUAGACCACAGAAACUGUUUGUUGUACAACAACUGCUGCUUGUUUUUCUACUACUUUCAUCAGGCAUAGGCAAACUUGGUCCUCCAGAUGCUUUGGGACUACAACUCCCAUCAUCCCUAGCUAACAGGACCAGUGGUCAGGGAUGAUGGGAAUUGUAGUCUCAAAACAUCUGGAGGGCUGAGUUUGCCUAUGCCUGACUUAUAUGUCCCAGCAGUUUCCCCUCCCCUCCUGUACGAAUGCUAUGACACGUUCUGUAACCUCCCAGCAGGUCUGAUUGGGCAGAAAAAGGGAUAAUAGGGAAGGUAUCCCAUCAAGCAUAGAUUUGGGGAUAAGACAGACAGAUACUGACAUGCAUGCAUGAGUCUUUAAUAUGACCAUACCCAGAGUAUAAGGCAAGGCUUCUUCAGCUGCUUCACCAUUAGGUCAAGGAAAGCACCUGUAUCGUCCAUGGAACUAAAUUGCCUUAAACAUUGUCUGCAGAGGGAGCACUCCACUGUGAUGGGCAGGUCAAGCUUGCAAUUAAUGGCAGUGAUUUUAUUCACCAGGUGGACCCCGUGCUUCAAGAAUUCCCUGCCUCUUUCAGGCAUGUAAGAAAGGAGGUAUAUUAAUAGGAAAGGUGGUGUCGAUAUCAUGCCUCUUUUCCAAUCUGCUUCUGCUUUGCAUUUUCCCUUCUAGGACACAACAAUUAUGUUUCUGGAUGCCCAAGUGACAGAUGGGAAAAGUGUGCCGGUAAGUGAAGAAACAUGCCGGGGAAAGAUAACACUGGUUUUAAGCAAGGAGCAGAGAUCCAUCAGGGGAGACUGCCUGUGGAAUGGGAUAUGGAAGGUGCCUGCUGUCCCAGUUCUCAGGUGAUGGUGGUGGUGAGGAGGAACAACCGCUGGACUAAACUGGGACUCACCAAGCAGCUUUCACUAAACCAAUGUCUGCUGAGGUCUCAUGUGCUUACUUACAAAUGUAGGGAAAGCUCAGCACAACCCUGUGUCAGGUGACCAGAAGCAAAGGGGAACAGGACUCUUGUACCUUCAAUAGUUGUGUAGAAGAGAUGAGCUUGUCUCCAUGAUGAGCGGUCCCUGAUGAAGCUGCCUCUUCUACCCUACUAUAGAAGGCUCAGGAGUCCCUGUCCUUCUUUGCAUCUGGUAACCUUUUCCCUAAAGCUCAGGUUUCCUCCAUCCUUGUAUGGAGUUCUUGGGUGCUGAAGCCCCUCUACCUUGUCUCUUCACAUUACUGUCUUUUUUCUUCCUUCAACAGGUCGAAAUGGGAAUCACAAUCAUUGUAGAAGACCGGAACAACAAUAAGCCAAUAUUCCAGAAUGAACCCUAUUUUACUGAUGUCCCAGAGGUACCUUUGGCCACCUGAGCUCAUGCCCAGACUUCUUUUCUUUGUGGUCCAUGGCAUUCCACAGCUGGCGGAAGACAGUGGAAGCAAUGCAAAUAUCCCAUCCGUUUUAUAAUUUAAGGAACCUGUCCUAUCAGGGUGGAUUUGCAGGGCAGCCCUCUCUGUGGUCAUAAGGACAAUUCACAAAGUGGCUCACUGCAACUGCAUGCACCUAGUGGCACUUGGGAAACUACUUGGGAGGAGCAACUUCCCACCCAGUGUGGUUAAUUUCAGCUGACCACAAUCGUACUAUUACCGCUUCCUAGGCCAGCAUGCAUGUACCAAACUAAGGGAUCUGUAUUUGUUUGGGUUAUCCCUGUUUUAAGCAAGUGGGGUUCCAGGAACUUCCAGGAACUGAAGUGCCAAUAACUCAUCUGAUGGAAACGUCCACAGCAAAGGAGUUAAACUAAGGGAUAAGGCAGAGGCGUUUGCUUUCCCCAAUAUUUAGGCUUGAUCAGAUUCCUCUGUGAAUCAAAGCCACAGUGCUCUAGCUCCUGCAUAAUGUUUGGUACUUUCACUAGUUCCUUCAUCAAGUAGACUACAAGCAAACAAACUACUGAAGGUACCCAGUCUUGCCAGUAGUGUCAAUAGUAUUGUGUGACCAACUGAGACACCUCUCUGGUCAGGACAACCUAAGAAUCGGGGAACCACUGCAAUUUGUGCCUAUAUGGAAACAGGAGCCACAAUCCUAGUACACAAGCACCAAUUUAUCUAAACAGAUUGGUCUGAUGCUCUCUCUUUCAGAAUACAGCAAUUGGCUCCUCAAUCUACACAGUCUUAGCUGUGGACAUGGACAGUGGAAACUCUGGACGGGUAUCCUAUUCAAUUGAGGAAGUGAGUGUCACAUUGUAAAUACAGAUGUAAGGUAAAAGGAACUGCUCUACUCUACAAAGAAUGAGCUGCCCCAGUGCUUUCUAGUCAGCCUAACAACAACAUCUCCCCAGAGGCUCAGACAGAAAUAUUUUUCGCAGCCAGUUGCCUGAGAUCAGUUGAAACCUGGGAUUUUAUACAUGCAGAUACACUUACCUCAUUUCUCUGUCCUGCUUGUCCUCUCUGGUAAGCAUCUGGUUGGCAACUGUGGGGAACAGGAUGCUGGAUUUGUACAGGUCUAUAAUCUGACGCAGCAGGACUCUCCUUAUGUAAUGGCUAAAUGACAACUAAACAUGUUGAUUCCAGGGAAGGAGUCCUCCUUUCUGAGCAGGGUGAGGUAUCCCACCUCAGGCAGCAGAUUUAGGCUGCCAUUAGAAGGCAUCAAGUUUAAAAUUUAUUGAGGUUCCUCCUACAUUUUUACCAUCCCUGGAGAGAACCAUUUGGAUGGUCUUCCUUGUGCCUUCUGCUGAGUGUUCUUCCAACCACUCUGAGGAUUUUUGUGUGUGUUGAAGUUGUGUGGUGUAAAUGUACCAAAUAAAUAAAUAAAACCGUCACCACCUGAUCUUUAACACUUGCAGGGAUUUGCCACGAGGGGGAGGGUCCUGUGGGGGAGGGUCUGCUGUUUUGCUCUGGGAAAAGCUCCCCCCUUUUUUGUUCUCUCACACCUCACAUUUUUAUACCGCAUGCGCCGUACACAGGUCAACCCAAACGAUGCAGAGAAUCACGACCUCUUCUACAUCCACUACAAUGGCACGGUGUUCCUGAAUGGUUCAUUGAGCUACAAUAACAAGAGCACUUUCUACCGAAUCAAGAUCUUUGCCAGGGUGAGGCUCAGAUUGUGACAUGUUGGGAAGAAAAAGGGAGGCGUGGGGAGGGCAAACAUCACCUUCUCUCUGUGGAGCAUUUAUCAGAAAAGGAGAAAGGCAGCUAGAUACCAUGGGCAGAGCAGCCAGGCCCUACCAUUAGGCAGAAUGAAGUGUCUGCCUCAGGUGGCAGAUGCUAGUAGGUGACGAGUGGCAACAAAGUGUUGGAGGUUUGUGGAGGACACAGAGCCAUCACCAGCGCUGAAGUAAGGAAGGUUCAGCUGGCAGUCCAGUGGGCAGGUUGUGGGAUGCUGGUGGUGGCAGGAAUCUUGUCCUUCACCUCAGGCAGAAAAAGUGACAGGCCAGUCUUGGCCAAUUUAUAUUUGUGGAGGCCCCAUUAGCUGCUGGUUUUCAAGGCUUUGGGGAUAUGAUUCCCCCUUUGAAAGCAUACUUGGAGCCAAUUCUUUUGUCAUUCCAGUGCCAAGUAAAGGCUUACCUGUGGGUCAAGGCAUUUUUUGUAUGUUAGUGCAGUUCCAGCUUUUCAGAUGCAUGUGAAAAACAUAUCUUUUUGGUCUGGUACUCCCCAUUUGUUAAUGCUUGGUAAUAUUGUGCAGUAUUUUGAUAUUUUUAGAUGGUGAUAUUUGCAUAUACAUUGUCUAUCUUUGUCAUAACUCCAUAACUCCAGCAGUCCUGCUCUGAGUAAAACUUAAUUGAAACCCACCCAACAAUUUGGCUAAAAUUGGGAGGUGCUUUUCUGUUAUUUCUUUCAUAAUCUAAGCACCAGUUGAUCCAAAACCAGAUUUUCAAGCAAUGAAGAAAGAUUACUAAGCUGUGAACAAACACUUCUGCAUCAGCAUGUGCUUUCCUCAGUAUCUUCCACCCCCUUCCUUUGGUUGCUCUCCUUUUAAGAUGCAUUAGAAGACUUGGAUAUUUGUAGUACUGGUAGCAGUAGAAACAAUUACAUUUAAAGAUGUUGGAAGCAAAUAAGAGUGUCUACCAGACAAGGGUGUUGUUUCUUUACUGUGCAAUGAGCAGGAAGGGUUUACUAGGGACAAAACAGUAUGUAUUGCUGCAGAGAAGGGAUACAUUUUGGGUAGGUAGAGAGAACAGAGUUUAAGUGAUCAUUCUAUCUGUGUGUCUCUCCCUCUCCUUCUCUAGGAUAAUGGGGGAUUAUUGCAUGGCCAGUUCAUCUAUCAGAACAACACAGCCUAUCUGUCUGUGACAGUUGUUGAUGUGGCUGACCUGGACCCUGUAUUCCUGGGAGCACCAUACUCAGGCUCCGUACCAGAGAACUGCCCUCUGGUAAGGGAUGUCUUCAGCUUUCUAGUGUCCUCCUGACCCUCAAGUGAUAAAAUCCUGCAGCUUCUGACAUGGCUCUCUUUUGACAUGAAAAAAUUGGAGCCUUUUGGAGUUUCCCAUCAAAUUGUACCUUGUUGCAUCUGUCUGUCUGUGUCGGUCUAGGACAAGCAUAUGAGUGUGGUAAAUAUGUGGGCUUAACCUUAGCACUUCAAGAGGAAACCGUGUCCUUCAUGGCAGCAGUUCUCAACAAAGCAGCUUUGAAAAUUGGCCAGAGCAAGAAUGAAAGGAACAUGGCAUCAAGUGUGGAGUGAACACAGGUCACGUUUGCAACUCACUCAGGGACCAGACUAAGGCAGCUGGGCUGCCUCUCCCAGCCUUUGGAGGGCAGAGCAGUGUGUGUGUGUGUGUGUGUGUGUGUGUGUGUGUGUGUCCCAGAGGCUGCCCUGCACCCUUAUAAGCCAGCCUGCUACAUUCAGGUGCAAUGGAGGAUGCUGCUGCAUGACCAGUGUUGAAGCUGAGUUGAAAUGCCAGCCUAGUUGGUUUCUGUCCAUAGAACUGGGUGGAAGUUGUGGUGGUGGCAUCUUGUCCUUUGCUUUAGCCAGGCAUAGGCAAACUCGGCGCUCCAGAUGUUUUGGGACUACAACUCCCAUCAUCCCUGACCACUGGCCCUGUUAGCUAGGGAUGAUGUGAGUUGUAGUCCCAAAACAUCUGGAGGGCCGAGUUUGCCUAUGCCUGCUUUAGGCAAAUGCCUUAAGGGGACCUUGAGUUCUUUUGGGGUUGUGAGUUGCCAAGCACUUGAAGUUGGCAAGCAGGAACUUCAUACCCAUCUAACAUGUCUCCGAUGAAAAUAGGGACGUCCCAUUCCAUAAUGAUCAUUUUACUAUUUAUACCCCACACAUCUUACUGGGUUGCCCCAGCCACUCUGAACAGCUUCCAACACAUCUAAAAACAUAAUAAAUCAUUCAACAUUUAAAAAAACCUUCGCUAUCUGGGAUUGCCUUCAGACAACUCGGUGGUUGGAUAACUCCAUACCCUCCAACAUUUCUCCAAUGAAAAUAAGGACAUCCUAAGGAAAUACAGUACGGGACAUUCCGAGAUCAAAUCAGAAACCAGAACGGCUUCUCUAAAUCAGAGAUGUCCCUGGAAAAUAGGGACACUUGGGAAGUCUGGAACUUAGGAACACAGAAAGCUGCCUUAUACUGAGUCAGACCCACUGGUCCAUCUAGCUCAGUAUUGUCUGCACUGACUGGCAGCAACUCUCCAGGCUUUCAGACAGAUGAGUCUCUCUCAGCCUUACUUGGAGAUAGAGAUAGACAGACAGACAGACAGAUAGAUAGAUAGAGAUAGAUAGAUAGAUAGAGAUAGAUAGAUAGAUAGAUAGAUAGAUGAUAGAUAGAUAGAUAGAUAGAUAGAUAGAUAGAGAUAGAUAGAUAGAUAGAUAGAUAUAGAUAGAUAGAUAGACAGACAGAUAAUAGAUAGAUAGAUAGAUAGAUUUUUUAAACUCUAUUUAUAUGCUGCUGUAAUAUAAAGAUAUAGCACAGCAGUUUACAGCAAUAUAAAAACAUAAAAUCAAGCAAUAAAGUAAUAAAAAGUUAAAAGCAAGUUAAAAGCAAAUAUAAAUUUGAAACAAACAUCAAUAGACCAUUAUGGGGAACGUACUCAUAAUUGCCUGCAUAGGCCUGGUGGAGCAGAAUUUUUUUAGCAAGUGUUUAAAAGUUGGCACAGAAGGUGCCUGCUGAAUCUCUUUUGCCAGGGUGUUCACCAGGCUGAUGAAAUGAAAGGCUCAGUUUGUUGUCAAAGGAGCCUCCCAAACCCAUCAAAUGACCGAAGAUGCUCCUGCAGAUAAUCUCAGCGAUCGCUCUGGAAUAGAAGGGUGCAGGCUAUCCCUGAGGUACCCUGUUCCCAAGUAGUUCCAUACAAGAUGUCGAGGACUGAAUGUGGGGCCUUCUGCUUGCAAGGCAGAUGCUCUGCCACUGAGCUACGGACCUCAAGCCCCCACUCCCUUAGGUGGAGGCCUGUCCUUUUCCUACUCACUGGGGGCUGGUACAAAGCAGGCCCAGCACUCACUGGCCAUUUCCUCAUCCUAGGGCACAUCAGUGGUGAAGGUGCAGGCCAUUGACCAGGACAAGAAUGUGAAUGACAUCAUCGAUUACAGCAUCAUCAGUGAGUGA